AUGUUUGACGGGGUGAGGUCAGAGGAUGUGUCCGUCACAGGUCCAGAGACCAAUGCCUGUGCUCCCAGCUGGGACUCAAUUACCUGUGUCCACGGCAGCAUACCUGAGCACGAAGUACUUGAGGAAAUUAACUCUGUAUUGUGCUGCAGACACUGGUGUGACCACACUGUGCAGGAGAGAGUGGAACGAAUCCUAUCCCCACGUCUGCAGCUUGAAGUGGGCUGUUCAGAAGUGUAUCAGUUUAACACCCAGGACUGGAGGCUGGACGUGGACAGGAUGCGCAUCAAGCAUGGGGGUGAUGAUGGCAUUGCAUUAUACUACAAACAACAGGGCCCCAAGGCAUCCUGUUACUUGUACAAACCCCCAGAGAUGGAGAGCCAGGUGGUGAACAGGACAGUGAGGGCGUGCUGUGAGGGCUGGGGUGGACCACGCUGCUCUGAGGGUGUGGGUGUGCAUGGCCAGUGUUACUCUACGUGGAGUUGCAAGGACUUCCCUGGCGUUCACAACUCCUCAUUGAUGCAGAUGGAGCAGUGUUGCAGCAGCCUUUGGGGGCUGAGCUGGAGGAAUGCCUCUGACCAGACAUGCUUGUCUUGCAGCUACACCCUCCUUCCCGACUCCCAGUCCUCCCCUCUGGUGCGUGGUGGUCUGCUGGGUAGUGUCAGAGUGCCUCAGAGCUCGGCCACCUGCAUGUCCUGGGGUGGGGCUCACUACCGCACUUUUGACAGGAAGCACUUCCACUUCCAGGGCACCUGCACCUACCUGCUGGCCUCAUCUACUGAUGGCACCUGGGCAGUCUACAUCAGUACAGUCUGUAAUGGGAGAGGAGACUGCAGUAAGGCUCUGAGGAUAAUGCUGGGUCUGGAUUUGGUCUCAAUCCAUCAAAGGAACUUAACUCUGAAUAACCUCCCUGUUCCUAACGGAGAACCACUCUUCCAAAAUGGAGUGAGUGUUCAUUGGCUCGGGGACUUUGUGUUUGUGGAGAGCGGUCUGGGUGUUAGAGUCAAGUUUGACUUGAGCAACACAGUCUACCUAACAGUGACUGCUGAGCACCUGGCAGCCACUAGGGGUCUCUGUGGAGUCUACAACAACAACGCUGAUGAUGACUUCACCACAAUGGGUGGAAUUGUGUCCCAGUACGCCGCCAGCUUUGGCAACUCAUGGAAAGUUCCUGACCAGCAGAAUGAAGGCUGCAGCGACGCGGCUGAGCUCGGCCACAGCUGCGAUGUCUCAGGAGACCCUGUCCUACGCAGGCAGGCGGAGUCAUUGUGUCACCAACUGCUGGAAAACCCCUUCACACACUGCCACCUCCGGGUGGACCCAACAGCAUACAUAGACACCUGUCUCUACCUAUACUGUAGCCUACAACCUAAAGAAAGAGAGUCAGCAGUGUGUGACACCCUGGCCAGCUACGCCAGAGAGUGUGCCCAGCAACACAUCAUCAUAACAUGGAGGACAGCUACCUUCUGUGGUCGUGUCUGUCCCAGAGGGCAGGUGUUUUCAGACUGUGUGUCCUCCUGUCCCCCUAGCUGCUCCUCUCCCCAGCCCCCCGGGCCUGCUGCGGCCAUGGGACAGUGCAGGGAGGAGUGUGUGGGGGGCUGUGAGUGUCCACCAGGAGUCUAUCUUCACCAGGGACGCUGUCUAAAAAGAGACGAUUGUCCUUGUUUCCACCGCAGACGCACCUACCAAUCAGGGGACACGAUACAGCAGAGAUGCAACACCUGUGUGUGCAAAGCAGGCCAGUGGCAGUGUACUGGGGAGAAGUGCGCCGCCCAGUGCAGCCUGAUGGGGGCACUACAGGUGACCACCUUUGACAAAAAGAGGUACUCACUGCAGGGAGGAGACUGUCCCUUCACUGCUGUGGAGGAUUUCGUUGACAGGAAGCUGGUGGUGAGUGUGCGCUGUGGGGAGUGUACAGCCGGAGGAGGACGUGGAGGAGGCCUGGGCUGUCUAAGGGAGAUGUCAGUUACAGCACUGCGCACCACAGUCACCAUCACUGACACUGGUACAGUGACAUUGAAUGGCCAGAGGGAACUGUUGCCUUUGGUGACAGGGGACCUGGUUGUCCAUAGGGCCUCCUCUUCAUUUCUCCUCAUCAAGACUUUUGGAGCCCAGCUGCUUUGGCACCUAGAUGGACCUUUGGCUCUCAUCACCUUGCAACCUGGUUUUGCAAACAAGGUACGCGGCCUGUGCGGAACGCUUACCUGGAACCAGCAUGAUGACUUCACCACCCCAGAAGGAGAUGUGGAGAACAGUGUGACAUUGUUUGCAGGGAAAUUCACAACAGAGCAUUGUGCUUUACCGAGAGGGGCUCCACCUGACCCCUGCGCCACAUACACCCAGAGGAGACGGUAUGCAGAGACAGUGUGCUCUGUCAUACACAGCACCAUCUUUCAGGCGUGUCAUGACGUGGUGGAGAGGGAGCCGUAUUUCCGUCUCUGCCUGUCGGAGGUUUGUGGCUGCACUCCACAUAGGCCAUGUCACUGCACCAUCCUUACCGCCUACACCCGACAAUGCGCGCAGGAGGGUGUACCCAUUCACUGGCGCAACCAGACCUUCUGCUCGGUCCAGUGCUCAGGAGGUCAGGUGUACCAGGAAUGUGGUCGUGCCUGUGGCAGCUCCUGUUCACAGGGCUGGAAUUGCGAUGAUGGUGGUGAUGAGAUGGGUCUUCAGACGUGUGUCCCAGGUUGCCAGUGCCCACCUGGACUAGUGCAGGACCACCAGGGCCAGUGUGUUCCCAUCACUAUGUGUCCCUGUGUGCAAGGAGACAAGAUGUACCAGCCUGGGGCUGUUAUUCAAAACAACUGCAAUACCUGUGUAUGUAAGCAGGGAGAGUUUAACUGCACUCAGCAGCCCUGUGAGGAGGUGAACCAGUGUCCAGGCUCACUUAUCUACUCUCCACGCUCCUGCCUCCUUACCUGCACAAGCCUGGACCCUCCUGGCCAACAGCAGGGGUCCGGUGAGACACAGCGGAGCUGCAGAGAGCCCCUGUCUGGCUGCGUCUGUCCUCAGGGCACUGUGCUACUGGGUGAUCACUGUGUUCUGCCAGAUGAGUGCCCAUGCCACCAUAACGGUCGGCUUUACUACAGCAACGACACCAUCAUCAAAGAUUGCAACACAUGUGUGUGUAAGGAGCGCCGCUGGCACUGCAGCCAGUCUGCCUGUGCUGGCGUGUGCGUGGCAACUGGCGAUCCACACUAUGUGACGUUCGAUGGCCGCUGUUACUCUUUCCUGGGCGACUGCCAGUAUGUGCUGGCGAGGGAAACCAGCGGUUUGUUCAGUGUCACGGCAGAAAAUGUGCCCUGCGGGAGCACCGGGGUCACCUGUACAAAGUCGGUCACCCUCAGUCUGGGAAAUACCAUCAUACAUCUGCUGAGAGGUAAAGCUGUGACAGUAAAUGGGAUGCCAGUCAGUCUACCAAAGUCUUACAGUGGCAGUGGUCUGACUCUAGAAAGAGUCGGACUGUUUGUUUCCCUUUCCUCCCGGCUGGGGGUCACUUUGCUAUGGGAUGGAGGUAUGCGAGUAUAUGUACGUGUUGCGGCCCACCUGCGGGGUCGGGUUGGAGGGCUGUGUGGAAACUUUGAUGGAGACACAGAGAAUGACUUUACGACACGACAGGGCAUCGUGGAGUCCACUGCCGAGCUGUUUGGAAACUCCUGGAAGGUCAGCCCCUCCUGCCCUGAUGUGGCAGACCAGGACCUCCGAGACCCCUGUGCUCUGAACCCCCACAGGAUGACCUGGGCCAGGAAAAGGUGUGCCAUCCUGACUCAGGAACUCUUCUCUCUAUGCCAUGCUGAGGUGCCUUUCCAGCAGUAUUAUGACUGGUGUGUCUUUGAUGCUUGUGGAUGUGACUCAGGUGGCGACUGUGAGUGUCUCUGUACAGCCAUUGCUGCCUAUGCUGAAGAGUGUAACCGCAGAGGGGUUUACAUCCGCUGGAGGUCCCAGGAGCUCUGUCCUCUGCAGUGUGACAAUGGGCUGGUUUAUGAUCCCUGUGGUCCAGCUUGUUCUCCCUCGUGUCCCAGUGUUCAGCAGAGUCCACAUUCACAGUGUGAUGCUCUUUCCUGUGUGGAGGGCUGCUUCUGUCCUGCUGGCACAGUCCUCCAUGGGGAGAGCUGUGUAGUUCCCACUCAGUGUCCAUGUGAGUGGGAUGGGUCCGUUUUUCCACCAGGAAGUACCGUCACUCAACACUGCCAGAACUGUUCCUGUGAGGAUGGUGUGUGGCAGUGUGAGGGUGUGGCUUGCCCCCCUGUCUCCCCUCCCUGUCUGGAAUCUGAGUUUGCCUGUGUUGGGGGGCGUUGCAUCCCCUCCCAGUGGGUGUGUGACAACGAAGAUGACUGCGGUGAUGGUUCAGAUGAGGUCUGCCCGUCUACCUGCUCUCCAGACCACUUCAGCUGUACCAGCAUGCCAAGUGGACCAUGUAUGAACCUGGCUCUACGUUGUGAUGGCCACCCAGACUGUGCUGACCAAUCAGAUGAGGAGUUCUGUGGACCUUCCACCCCCGUGCCCCUCUGCCCACCAGGGGAGUUUCAGUGUGCCAGUGGAAAGUGUCUGCCUGCCAGUCGUUUGUGUGAUGGACGGCUGGACUGUGGUUUUGCUGAUGGGUCUGAUGAGCAAGACUGUGGUGUGGUGUGUGACGAGGGAGAAUUCCUGUGUGCUGGAGGACGUUGUAUUCUCUACUUGCACCGCUGUGAUGGGCAUGAUGACUGUGGCGACCUCAGUGAUGAGAGAGGGUGUGUGUGUGGACCAGGGGAGUUUCAGUGUCCUGGGGACAAGUGUGUCCCUGCAGACAGAGUUUGUGAUGGACUCAGAGACUGCCCGUCCGGAGCAGACGAAGCCGUGUGUCCAAGUAAAGUGACCUGUGCUCCUGACCAGUUUGCCUGUAGUGAUGGUACAUGUGUUGCCACUACUCAGUUGUGUGAUGGAACAACACAUUGUCCAAGAGGAGAGGAUGAGAACACAACCAACUGCCACACCAUUAUCACUACACCGCUACCCUCAACUGUCACCCUGACUACGCCCACUUCAGCUUGUAGGUCUUAUGAGUUCAGCUGUGCCACUGGUGGGCAGUGUGUGCCUCAGGCCUGGCGCUGUGACGGAGAAACAGACUGUAUGGAUGGCAGUGAUGAGCAGCAGUGUGCUGCUCCCUGUGGCCCUGGCCAGGUACCUUGCCAAAGUGGGGACCAGUGUGUGGACUACCAGCAGCUCUGCGAUGGCACCCCACACUGCAGGGAUGCUUCGGAUGAGAGUGUCGACAAUUGUGGCUCUACAUUGAUACCUCCAUGUCCAGGCAGCUUCUCGUGUGACAACCGCACCUGUGUGAAUAUAUCCCAAGUGUGCAACGGCGUUCCAGACUGUCCACGGGGUGACGAUGAGUUGGUGUGUGAUAAAACUGUCUCACCAGUGCCCCCUGGUGGUAGGAAUACCACUGUCACCUGCUCUGAAUUUACCUGUAUGGAUGGAUCCUGUGUCCCCUUUAAUGUGGUGUGCAAUGGUGUGGCUGACUGCCCAGACUCCUCACUAACAACACUAGAAGGUCCCUCUGAUGAGCAUGGCUGUAGAAGCUGGAGCUCCUGGGCUCCAUGGAGUCCCUGCAGCACAUCUUGUGGUGCAGGCUACAUGAGCCGUCAAAGAACCUGCCCUUCAGGAGACCCACUGCGCCACUGUCGAGGACAGGACUUCCAGAGGCAACAAUGCUUCAACAUCACCUGCCCUGUGGAUGGUCAGUGGCUGCCAUGGGUGAGCUGGUCCAACUGUUCCAGUGGUUGUGGUGGAGUGCAGGUCAGACACAGAGGCUGCAUCCCUCCUCGCUAUGGUGGCCGAGACUGUUCCCAGCUCCCUGGACCAUCCAACCUACCCAUGGAAAUCAAACCCUGUCCUGAUGAUGGAUGUGCCAAUACCAGCUGUCCCACUGGGCUGUUGAGAUACAGCUGUGCUCCCUGCCCGAUGUCCUGUGCCCACAUCAGCAGUGGGACAACCUGUGAUCAACCUCCAGCAGCCUGCUCCUCCGGUUGUUGGUGUCCGGAGGGCCAGGUGAUGAACCAUAUGCAACAGUGUGUGUUACCAGAGGAGUGUGUGUGUGAGGUGGCAGGUGUGCGCUACUGGCCGGGCCAGCAGAUGAAGCUGGACUGUGAGAUUUGUGUUUGUGAGAGAGGAAGGUCUCAGAGAUGCCAGCCUAAUCCAGACUGUUCAGUGCACUGUGGCUGGUCGUCCUGGUCUGAGUGGGGGGAGUGUUUGGGUCCCUGUGGUGUUCAGAGUGUCCAGUGGUCAUUCCGCAGCCCAAACAAUCCUACCAAGCAUGGAGACGGGAGAACGUGUAGAGGAAUUUACAGGAAAGCCCGUCGGUGCCAAACAGACCCCUGUGAUGAGUGUGAGUACCAGAGUCAGUCCCAUGCUGUGGGAGACAGAUGGAGGUCAGACCAUUGCCUGUUGUGUCAUUGUCUGCCCAACCUCACAGUGCAGUGUUCCCCCUACUGUCCAUACGCUGUCAGUGGGUGUCCACAGGGUCAAAGUCUGGUGCCUGGAGAGGGAGACAGGUGUUGUUACUGCCAAGGAGAAAACGACACCAUGCUUGUGACUAUCAGCCCCGUCAGUGUGACUUCAAAACCUGCAGUUGGCACUACACCUCUGGUUCCAACAUAUCCACUUCCUCCUGGAGAUGAGUGUUGGUCUCCUCUGGGUGUUCAGUAUCUCCCGGCUUCCAGUUUCAGUGCCUCGUCACAGCAGAGUGGUCACCCUCCUGAAGCGGGUCGCCUCCAUGCCUGGAACCCCCAUCUUGACCUCCAGGGCUGGAGUCCAGAACCCGAGGAGUAUAAGGACCUACCACAGAGGCGACCCGAGGGACACAACAGCAACACACAGAGCCCCUUUCUACAGGUAGACCUGCUGAAACCAUACAACAUAACUGGUGUGCUGACUCAGGGUGGUGGUAUGUUUGGCACCUUCGUGUCCAGCUUCUACCUCCAGUUCAGCCAGGAUGGCAAACAGUGGCUCACUUACAAAGAGCUUGUCACUGAUGCACGGCCCAGAGCCAAGGUUUUCAAUGGUAACCAAGAUGAUCGAGGGGUGUCAGAGAGCCGACUGGACAGGAUGGUGUCGGCUCAGUUUGUCCGCCUGCUGCCACACGACUUCAUGAAUGGCAUCUACCUUCGACUUGAAAUAAUGGGCUGUGUGGAAGGCUUGCACUGGUUGACGACCCCCACUCCUCCCUCCUCAGUCACUCCAGUAGGUGGCUGCAGAGAGAAGGAAUUCCACUGUGAAAACGGUCGCUGUGUGCCAGCAGGUCCACUGGGAGUUGUCUGUGAUGGGGUCAAUGAUUGUGGAGAUGGAUCAGAUGAGACGUACUGUGGUACUCAGCCAUCCCUAAUAGCCACCAGUCCACGCAGCUGCCGUGCUGGCCAGUUCUCCUGCCCCCCACCAGGGGGCUGCAUUGAAGCAGGACAGCGGUGUGAUGGGGUCCCCGACUGUCCCAAAGGAGAGGAUGAAACCGGCUGUCAUCCUCACGGCAACGUCACUACCCAGUCAGACAGACCAUACACGCCCACUCCUGCUCCUCUCAGGACUCCAACCAUGUCUACUGUCACUCAUCCUGCAGUAAAACCAACAGAUGGUGGCCCAGGAUAUCGCGGCAUCUGCUCCUCUACACUUGGACUGGAGGAUGGGAGAAUUCGAUAUGGUCAGCUGACCUCAUCGUCUCAUCGUGAGAACAACCCUGCUGAUGGUGGACGACUGAACAUCAUCCCAAAUGUUCAGGUUAUGGAGCCUGGAUGGAGCCCAGUGCCUACAGAUCCCCAGCCAUAUUUCCAGGUGGACUUCCUGGAGCCUACAUGGGUAUCAGGGGUGGUGACUCAAGGUAGUGAACGCAUGUGGGGUUACCUCACUAAAUACCGGCUGGCCUUCGCUCUGCACAGCAGCCUCUUCACAGACUACACGGAGGAUGGGAAGCCUGGUAGCCCUGUUAAGGUGUUUGAAGUACGAAUGGUUGGUAGGACUCCUGUGACCCGCUGGCUGGAUAGGCUGGUCAGAGCUCGCUACCUACGGAUCAUCCCUGUAGAGUUCAGGCACACCUUCUUCCUGCGUGUGGAGAUCCUUGGCUGCAGGGGAGAUGAGCUGAUGACCCCCAGCAGUGUGACCUCGUCUCCCUCUGGUGGUGGGAAAGUGACUGUGCAGAGCUGUAAGCCAGGCCAGUUUGCGUGCCAGCACAGUGAUGAGUGUGUCUCUAUCUCUGUGCUCUGUGAUGGUCGACCGGACUGCAAGGACCACUCUGACGAGAUCAACUGUGGUACGGCUCCAACCAGAGGCUCUCCUGGGCUGCAGAACCAGACCAGCUCCACUGGGAGACCAGGUUUUCAUGGUGACAGUACGACAGGUGCCCCAGGCUUCCAUACCACCAGAUCCCAAGGUGGCGUUCCUGGUAUGGCUAGCCCAGGGGUCACGGGUCAACCUGGACUUCAUGAGGCUACACCCUCAAGCAACUGGACCAGAACGUCCAUCAACCCAGGGGUGACCACAGGUCAACCUGGACUACAUCUAUCAACAUCCAUCCACUCUGGAAGACCUGGGUUGCAAACGACAAAAGCCCCCUGGAUUGCUACAACCCCUCAUGAUGGCGGCCUACCGAGAGUGCUUUGUGUGGAGGGGCAGUUUGCAUGCUGGUCAUUUGGCUGUAUCGACGCGGCACGGGUGUGCGACGGCAGACAAGACUGCUUGGAUGGUUCAGAUGAAGAACGCUGUGGCACCACAGUCAGACCAGCCGUAACUCCACAGGGCCCACUGGUGCCCAGUCCCUGCUCCUCAAAGCAGUUCUCUUGUGCCAGUGGGGAGUGCAUUCACCUGGACCGCAGAUGUGACCUGCAAAAGGACUGUGUGGAUGGAUCAGAUGAGAAAGACUGUGUGGACUGCAUCAUGUCCCUGUGGACAGCAUGGAGUGCUUGUAGUGUGUCCUGUGGUCUGGGCUCCUUGUUUCGGCAGAGAGACAUACUGAGGGAAGCUCUACCAGGAGGGGCCUGUGGUGGAGCUCAGUUCGACAGUCGAGGCUGUUUUCCUCGCGCAUGUCCAGUUGAUGGUCACUGGUCAGAGUGGACUGAGUGGUCGGAGUGUGAUGCUCAGUGUGGAGGUGGGGUCAGGCAGAGGAACAGAAGCUGUUCUUCUCCUCCUCCCAAGAAUGGUGGGUGGGACUGUGAAGGCAUGACCCUGCAGAGCCAAAGCUGCAACAGCCAGCCCUGUACCAAAGACAUCGGCACACAGACAGGCUGCGUCAACGGCAUGUUGCUGGUGACGGAGGCAGACUGCCAGGCUGGGAGGGUCGAGCCCUGUACUCCUACCUGCUCGCAUCUCAGCUCAACCAGCAAUUGCACUGCAGCAUGUACACCAGGCUGUCGCUGUCCUGAUGGUCUGUAUCUUCAGGGUGGGCGCUGUGUUAAUGCCAGCAAGUGUGUUUGUCUCUGGGACGGUCAAACAUUGCAGCCUGGACAGACGAUCAGCAGGGACCAGUGUACCACAUGUAUAUGUAGAGAUGGACGAGUAACCUGUGACAGCUCCAGUUGUGUAGCAACCUGUCGUUGGUCAGCCUGGUCAUCAUGGUCACCAUGUGAUGUAACCUGUGGUCUGGGGCUACAGCAACGCUACAGGUCUCCAGUGAACCCAGCUGGGGAAGUCAGAAUCCAGCCCUGUCCAGGAGACUCCUCAGAGGCCCGCCGCUGCUCCAGUCCCUGCCUCCCCGCGGUACCAGAUGGAGUGUGGAAGAAAUGGACCAGCUGGUCAGAGUGCAGCAAGACAUGUUUCAACCACGUAGAUGACGUUGGAAUCAGACGACGUUUCCGCAGCUGCAACCAAACGCUCGCAACUUUAAGCCACACACACCUGGACUCUACCUGUGAUGGAGACAGUGAGGAGCAAGAGCCUUGUAACACUAUACACUGUCCAGUGAAUGGCGGAUGGUCACUAUGGUCAGUGUGGUCUCAGUGCUCAUCAGAGUGUGACUCUGGUGUCCAAACAAGAGAGCGAUUCUGCAAUUCACCCUCCCCACAGCAUGAGGGCAGCAGCUGCCCCGGGCCUCACAUCCAGACUAGAGACUGCAACUCCCACCCCUGCUCGGGUGUGUGUCCAGAGGGCAUGGUGUACAUGACAGCAGCAGAGUGUGAGGCUCACGGCGGUGCAUGUCCACGGGUGUGUUUGGACAUGACCUCCACAGAGGUGCAGUGUGCUACUGCCUGUUACGAUGGCUGCUACUGCUCCCUGGGCUUCUACUUGCUCAACGGCAGCUGUGUGCCCCUGGCACAGUGCCCAUGUUACCACCAGGGGCAGCUGUACCCAGCAGGUGGCACCCUGCCUCUCGAUGCCUGCAAUAACUGCACCUGCACUAAUGGAGAGAUGGAGUGUGGAACAGCUCCCUGUCCUGUGGACUGUGGCUGGAGCAGCUGGACCCUGUGGAGCGCGUGCAGUCGAACAUGUGAUGUUGGUGUCCGAAGGAGGUAUCGUUCAGGAACCAAUCCUCCUCCUGCUUCUGGGGGUCGCCCCUGCGAAGGAGACAGAGUUGGGAUUGAUACCUGCAGCAUUGAACCCUGCUUUGGUGUGAAGGAGCCAUGGAGUGCCUGGUCAGAGUGCUCAGUAACGUGUGGAGGAGGUUAUAGGACCCGGACCCGUGGGCCCAUUCGAAUCCACGGCACUGCUCAGCAGUUCAGUGCCUGUAACCUGCAGCCCUGUGGAGAUGGCAGGGUGUGUCCUCCAGGCCAGGAGUGGAAGCAGUGUGUGAGGGGAGUAGUGUCAUGUACAGACCUCACAAUGAAUCUGAGCAGGAACUGCACUCCAGGCUGUCAAUGUCCACAAGGAACUGUCCAACAGGAUGGUGUGUGUGUGCAAGAGUCUGACUGUCGCUGUGAUGUGGGUGGAGAGCAGUACAGACCAGGAGACAUUGUGCCCACAGACUGCAACAACUGUACAUGUGAGGCGGGGAGACUUGUAAACUGUUCUCAAAUCAGCUGCAAUGUUGAUGGCCAUUGGUCAGUGUGGACUCCUUGGGGUCAGUGUUCAGUGUUGUGUGGAGCAGGUCUCCAGUCCAGGUACCGGUUCUGUUCUAGCCCCCAGCGCUCUGGCAGUGGCCUGCCAUGUGUGGGCCCUCACAGAGAAGACCAAGUCUGCGUCACUGCCCCAUGUGACCGUGACGGUGUCUGGGGUCAGUGGAGUAACUGGACAGAUUGUACCAAAUCAUGUGGUGGUGGUGUUCGAAGCCGAAGGAGAAAGUGUGACAGUCCCAGUCCAGAGGGGGAGGGGAACUACUGUGAGGGGCUGGGAACUGAGGUCAUAGCCUGUAACACUGACCACUGUCCAGUGGCGCCAUGCUCACAGGUCCCAGGCACAGUGUUCAGUAGCUGUGGUCCCUCCUGCCCUCGCUCUUGUGAGGACCUAGCUUAUUGUGAGUGGCAGUGUGAGCCAGGGUGCUACUGUACAGAGGGGAAGGUCCUGUCGGCUAAUGGGACAGUCUGUGUUGCAAGAGAAGACUGUCCCUGCCUGGACCUUAGCACUGGACACAGUCUGGAGCCGGGAGAGACCACUAAAGCCCCGGAUGGAUGUAACAACUGCACCUGUGAGGGUGGGAGGUUCAACUGCUCCAGAUACCCAUGUCCAGUGUCAGGUGGUUGGUGCGAGUGGUCAGAGUGGACUCCAUGCUCCAGGACCUGUGGGGCAGAGUCUGUGACCCGCUAUAGGAGCUGUGGCUGUCCCGAGCCAAAGGCUGGAGGAGCUGCCUGCUCUGGAGAUCAGGAAAUGCACAAUGGGGUUGGAGUUCAAAUCCAGAGACAACCCUGCCCUGUCAUCACCUUCUGUCCAGUCCAUGGUUCGUGGAGUCCCUGGUCAGUUUGGUCAGAGUGUGAUGGGUGCGCUGGGUCGUCCACUCGCACAAGGGAAUGUAAUAGUCCUCCCACCAGGUUUGGUGGUCUGCCCUGUAUUGGAGAGCGCAGGCAGAGGCGUGGUUGCCAUGACAACAUAACCGUCUGCUCAGACUGUGGUGGAGGCCAGGAAGAAUGGCCUUGUGGGAAGCCCUGUCCUCGCUCCUGUUCAGAUCUCUAUGGUGACACAGAGUGCUUGGACUCCCCCGGGUGCAGACAGACCUGUGGUUGUCCGGGUGACAUGGUUUUGCAGGAUGGCGUGUGUGUGGCCAGGGAGGAGUGUCGCUGCAAAUACCACAACAACUCUGCUACUGAAAUAACAUCCAGUAUGCCAGAUUCCAGUAAUGCGUCAUGGGUAGGGCCUGGUGGAACUGAUUGGCAGUUUGCAAAUCCAGGAGACAGCAUCAUGAGUGACUGCAAAAACUGUACAUGUGAGGCUGGGGUUCUGCAGUGUCAAUCUGUCCCUGGUUGCCAUGUUGAUGGUGGCUGGAGCCAAUGGGGGGUCUGGACUGAGUGUUCACUUCCUUGUGGAGGAGGAGUCAAGUUCAGGAGACGCCAGUGUGAUAACCCCUCCCCUCAGAGUGGUGGGAGAGGCUGUCUGGGAGUCGCUGAACAGCAGAAAGACUGCAACACACACCUGUGCACAGACUCGGCGGGCCUGUGGCUCCCAUGGUCUCAGUGGUCUUUGUGUUCCGUCAGCUGUGGUGGAGGACAGCAGUCUCGUUCUCGUGUCUGCAGCUCUUCACUCUGCAGCGGCCUCAGCCGCCAGAGCAAAACCUGCAACACCCAGGUCUGCCUCGAAGUGGGCUGUCCUCCUGGCAGGUUGUACAGGGAGUGUGAGCGAGGUGAAGGCUGUCCAUUCAGCUGCGCUCAUGUCAGUGGCAGGGAGGGCUGCUACUCUGAUGGCUGUGAAGAAGGCUGCCACUGCCCCCCACAAACCUACCAACACCAUGGAGCAUGCCUGCAGGAGUGUCCGUGUCUGGUGGACAAAGACUUUCUGGCCUCUCUGCAGAGUUUUUCUGUCACACCCGUCUCAUCUCUGCUCCUCCAUAACAUCUCUGAGGGAGUGGAACUUCAGCCUGGAGACACUCUGAUUCAUGACUGCAGCACCUGUGGCUGUGAACAUGGCAGAUGGAACUGUUCCUUGGAGCACUGCCCAGUUGACGGCGGCCUGUCACCCUGGGGCUCCUGGAGCUCCUGCUCGCUGUCCUGUGGUGGUCUGGGACUGAAGACUCGCACCAGGGGCUGCAAACAGCCCGCUCCGGCACACGGAGGAAGAGACUGCCAUGGACCACGCCAAGAAACCACCUACUGCCAGGCGCCGGAUUGUCCAGUUAUUGUUGGUCCAACAGAGGAACCAUUAUUACCAGAUGAGGAUGCUGGCUUCUCUCCCUGGUCGUUAUGGAGUCCCUGCACUAAGACCUGCACCAGUGCUCUGACCCCGGCCAUGAAGUCUCGUCAUCGACAGUGUAUCAAACCUCCCUGCUCUGGAAGUUCUCACCAAGAGAAGGCCUGUAACCUGCCCCAGUGUCCCGAUAGAGAUGACGCAUGUGUAGGGGCUGACUGUGCACUCAGGAACUGUUCAUGGACAGAGUGGGGGGAGUGGGGCUCUUGUUCGCGGUCCUGUGGAGUGGGUCAGCAGCAGAGGAUCCGAACCUUCUUGAGCCCCGGCACCAAUGGCUCGUGGUGUGAAGACAUCCUGGGAGGAAACCUGGAGCAUCGCUUCUGUAACAUCAGGCCCUGCAGAGUGGAUGGGGGUUGGUCUCGCUGGAGUCCCUGGUCCCGCUGUGAUAAGCGCUGUGGUGGCGGACGCUCUAUACGGACUCGCUCCUGCUCCAGCCCGCCACCCAAGAAUGGUGGGAAGAAGUGUGAGGGAGAGAAGAACCAGGUCAAACCUUGCAACACCAAACCCUGCGAUGAGAAAGGGUGCCCGCCAGGCCAGGAGUUCGUGUCGUGUGCCAACCAGUGUCCACAGCGGUGCUCGGACCUCCAGCAGGGCAUAGAGUGCCAGGGCAACACCGAAUGUCAACCAGGCUGUCGCUGCCCCAAAGGCCAGUUGCAGCAGGAUGGGAUGUGUGUGCAGCUGUGGCAGUGCGACUGUGUUGACUCACUGGGACAGAUUUGGGCAGCCGGCAGCUGGCAUCAGGUGGACUGUAACAACUGCAGCUGCUCUGACGGACAGCUCCUCUGCACCAAUGACAGCUGCCAGGCCUCCUGCGUUUGGAGCUCCUGGUCCAGUUGGGCAUCAUGCAGCGUUUCCUGUGGGCAGGGCCAGAGAACUAGAUACAGAUCUCUUAUCCCGGAAACUGAUGGAGCAGAUUGCCAGUUUGAGGAAGUGCAACAUAAAUCCUGUGACCCGGGACCCUGCCCACCUCUCUGUCUCCAUGACAAUCAGGAGCUUAGAGUGGGAGACACCUGGCUGCACGGCGAGUGUAAACAAUGCACGUGCACCCCAGAGGGACAUUACUGCCAAGACAUUGACUGCAGAGUGGAUGGUGGCUGGACCCCAUGGUCGGUGUGGUCUGACUGCUCUGUGACCUGUGGUCAAGGCACACAGGUUCGAACCCACGCCUGUAUCAACCCACCUCCACGUAACAACGGCUCUGACUGCAGCGGGCCAGAGAGAGAGACACAGGACUGUCACACUCCUCCCUGUCUGGAUGACCUUUGCCCGUGGUCGCCAUGGUCAUCGUGUUCCCGAAGCUGUGGUGCUGGUUCUGUGUCAAGGCGCAGGGUGUGUGUGUGUGAGGAGGGAGGAGAUGCAGCGUGUCCAGCUGAGAUUGAGGCAGAGAGGAACAGAGAGGAGACCCAGCUGUGUUACAAACAGCCUUGUCCAGGCUGUCCCAUGUCAGAGUGGAGUGUUUGGUCUCAGUGCUCCUGUGAGUCACAGAGGCAGCAGCGCUACCGUGUAGCUCUCUCCCCAGCAACCAGGGGGCAACAGUGCACUACUGUUGAAACCCAGAGCAGGUCAUGCAGUGUCAGUCAUUGCAAUGAUUGUGAAGCCCCAUUUGUGUACUCAGCAUGUGGCGCGCCCUGUGAGAAGCAGUGUGCAUUGCAGGGCCAUGAAGAUCUGUGUUCAGGUGUCAAGGAGUGUACGCCUGGCUGCUACUGCCCACAGGGCCUGCUGCACCAGAACGGGAGCUGUGUUCCUCCAGAGGAGUGUGGCUGCGUCCACCUGCAGCACCAAGCUUCAGGAGAACCACCCAAACCUGUCACUGUCCCUCAGGGGGCCACGGUCACCAUAGGCUGCAGCACCUGCCUCUGCCAUGAUGGAACUUUACAGUGUGACAUUAGAGAGUGUGAAGUCAUCCUCAGCGAGUGGUCAGAGUGGACUCCGUGCUCUCCCUGUGUGCCCUCUGCCUCCCUGCUGCACAGCCCCUCACAAGCAGGAGUUAUCACUGGCAGCAAAAUGGUUUCAUUUCAGAGGCGUUUCCGAGCCUGUUUGGACCUGGAUUCUGGUCUUCCAGUCUCUAGAGAGGAGGAGGACAGCCAAUGUCCAGGACCACUGGUAGAGGAGAGGCCCUGUCCAGAUUCUAACAUCUGCAGAGAUUUGUGUCAGUGGAGUGUAUGGAGUGCCUGGACAGCCUGUGCAGAGCCCUGCAGCGGUGGAGUCAGGCAGCGCUACAGACGGCCCCUGGCCUCUCCUCAAGGGCCUUCUUGUAAAAGCCAGCAGACACAGAGUCAGAGCUGCAACACAGGACUCUGCCCAGGUGAGCGCUGUGAGGAUAGGGGACGGACCUACCAAGGGAGCUGUGCCAAUCAAUGUCCUCGCAGCUGCACCGACUUAUGGGAGCAUGUGCAGUGUCUCCAAGGAGCCUGUCACCCAGGUUGUCGGUGUCCAGAGGGACAGUUGUUGCAGGAUGGCCACUGUGUGUCAGUGACAGAGUGUCGCUGUGGUAUCCCAUCAGGCAACGGGACGCUGGAGUUCCUCCCAAAAGAUGAGCUUUCCUUGGACUGUAACACCUGUGUGUGUGAGAAUGGCACUCUGGUAUGCACCGAGCUUCCCUGCCCGGUGUACGAGCCUUGGAGCCCAUGGAGCUCCUGCUCAACCUCAUGUGGGCGUGGCCAGAGGAAGAGGAUGCGGCUCUGCCAGGAAACAGAGGGUGGUCCUUCCUGCAGUGACACUAAUCAGACAGAGAUCUGUGAUAUGCCAUCGUGUCCAGCGGGGUGUUUGUUGAGCGAGUGGUCACCCUGGAGUGAGUGCAGCGCCACAUGUGGUGGUGGGUUGUCAAUGCGGAACAAGACAGUCCUCAGAGAGCCAGAGCCUGGUGGGCCGGCUUGUGUCAGACCACUUGAACAGCACACUGUCUGUAACACCAAUAGCUGCCUGCAUGAUUGUCCCACUGGGAAGGUGUUUAGUGACUGUUCUGGUUCAUGUCCAUAUACCUGUGAAGACCUGUGGUCACACACUCAGUGUUUGCAAGGACCCUGCACCCCUGGGUGUACUUGCCCUCCUGGACAGGUGUUGCAUGAAGGCUCCUGUGUGUUCCACGCUGACUGUCCCUGUUCACCACUGUCUUUGCCGACUCCUUACCAAAGCUGGAAUAUCAGCACUGAGGAGCUCAAAGAGACUCUGCUGCCACCUGGAACAGCCAUUCAGAACCUCUGCAACACAUGCGUGUGCCAGGGAGGAGAGUUCAACUGUACCUCAGAGCUCUGUGAUGUGGACUGUGAGUGGUCCAACUGGUCCAAGUGGAGCCUGUGCUCAGCAACCUGUGGUACGGGACGACAGAGCUCCACCAGAGUCAUCCUGCAGUCCAGCCAGUAUGGAGGGGCUUCAUGUGAGGGCCCCAACCACCGCACCACAAGCUGCAUGGCUCCUGACUGUGUGUGUCCUGUUGGGGAGCGGUGGAGGAGGAGUGUGUCUGAGGAGGUCCUGCUGUGUGAGAGGAGUUGCCAGGACAUUUAUUCGCCUCCCAUUAACUGCAGCCACUCUGCCGAGGGCUGCGUGUGUCAGGAGGGGCUUUACCGAAACACUGAGGGUGUGUGUGUCAUCCCCGCCCUCUGCCCCUGCCAUGACCAGGGCAUGCUGUGGGAGGCAGGAUCAGAAUGGGAGGAGGGCUGCCUGUCAUGUCGUUGUGUGAACGGGAAAAAACUGUGUCAGUUAAGAUGUCCGCCGAUCCACUGUGAUGAGGGGGAGGUCAAGGUGGAGGAACCAGGUAGCUGCUGUCCAGUCUGCAGAAGGCAGUUUCCAGGCGAGCCCGUGCCAGAGUGUCGGCGCUAUGUGCAGGUCAGGAACAUCACUAAGGGAGACUGUCGACUGGACAAUGUGGAGGUCAGCUUCUGCAGGGGACGCUGCCUGUCGAGGACUGAUGUCAUCCUGGAGGAGCCCUACCUGCAGUCAGUUUGCGAGUGCUGUAGUUACCGCUUGGACCCUGACAACCCAGUGCGUUUCCUCAGCCUGCAGUGUGACAGUGGAGAGAGCGAGCCUGUCGUCCUGCCUGUCAUACACAGCUGCGAGUGCACCAGUUGCCAAGGAGGUGACCUGUCCAAACGCUGAGGGAGUAUGAUGAGUGUGUGUCUGUGAGCUGAGUGUGUGUGAGUAUAGAUGUGUGUAUUCACGAGAGACACUGAGAGCAGGACCACGAAUACCAAAUGAAGUGGGAGCGCCACACUGAAGACUUCUGGGGUGGAUGGAUGGAUGGAUGGAUGGAUGGAUGGAUGGAUGGAUGGAUGAGUGGAACAUAAAGCCCUGAGAGCCUGUUGGUGUACAUGUUGUUCUGUAGUCCUUAGUCAUCAUAUGACUGGAUGCUACUGUUGAUUCUGAAACUUUGUUUAUUCUUCAGCCUGUACAGCUUAUUCUACUGUAUAUUUAAAGACUAAAGAUACAAUAAUUCAAGCAAUACCCAUUUUGCAUUAAAAUAUGUUUCCUUUGUAUUUGUAAUGAAAAUGAGCCAGCAGUCUGCUUUAAGUUGGAGUUCACUGUAACUGGUUAGAUGUUUGAGCAUGUUGCAGUUUACAGUGUACCGUAGUUUAAGUGGACAUGUCAAUAAAUAUUUUCUCCACAUGGAAAAUA